AUGGCGAGCAUUGGGAUUUCUCACAUUGGGAUGCUGGCGAGCACUAGGAUUUCUCACAUUAGGACGGUGAAAUCCAAAUUGACUAUUCAAACCAUAUAUAUGCUCAUUCAGAAGUAUAAUAGUUAUCCUAAGUUCAAUCCUCGUCUGCCAGAGGCCAACGAUGCCAUUACUGACGCCCCAGAAGGCUUCGUGGGGGUUUACCGAGUAUUCUUCAAAUCUGGGUUGCAUCUUCCUGCUUUUGAUUUUCUCAAAACAGUUUUAGAUUACUAUGGUCUGCACAUCGCCCAAAUAACCCCUAACAUAUUUCACAAGAUUCUUUUCUUGACCCUGUUAUGCGUCGCUCUGGAUGUUUCGUCAGCCAUCAAUAUAUUUUGCCACUUUUAUAUUCUGAUGUCCAAUGGAGAUUGGGUCUCUUUCUCCAUUUGUGAUGGUUUGGUGGAUAUUUGUGACGGUCUUCCAACCUCCAUGAAGUAUUGGAAGUAG